AUGCAAUCAAAAAGAGGUGCAAGCAGUCACAGCAGGAGCAGCAGACGCAAAGGAGGAGACUGCCAAACGCUGAAGGUUAUUGGAAUGUUCUCAGCAGUCUCAUCAUCGCUUUCCUUGACGAUGUUGGUCACCUUUGUAGUGGCCUUGGCAAUCGUGCCUGGUAUAAAUGGGUUCCUGCCAUCCUCGCAGCGUAUUCAGCCUUCCUCAACAGUGACUCCCUGUCCACAUGGCCCAACUUCGUAUUUCAGCUCGGCUCGGUUUGCUGCCAUUGAUGACGACGACGACGACGAUGAUAAUGAUGAUGAUGAUUAUGGCUUUUCACCCGAAGCAAACAUGCUGGAAAACUUUGCGGCUUCCUCCAAAAAGGCAGAAAACAUGUUCAUGGAUGGACAACUGGGCAUCAAUCUUGAGAUUGAACCCAUGACCAAAGAAGAAGCGGAAGAAUUGAAAAAGGAAGCCAAGAAAAUGAUUGAAGAAAAAUUUGAUGAGACAAUCAAGGAAAUGGAGGGUAUUAGAGAAAAGACAAAAGAAGAAAUUGCCAAGCUCAAGGAAACUCAAGAAAUGCGCUCUCAACUAGAAGCUCAAGUGCAGUCGCAAGAACUAAUGGCCAAGAUUGACAAGCUGACCAACAACUUUAUGCAAUCGACCCAAGAUGCUCGCAAGUCCACCAAGCUGGCAGCGGCCGCUGACAAGGCUACUGCUCAAUCUGGACAAGGUGUCGAAAUGGGAACCUGGGGAGUCUUGGGAGACCGAAACGUACUGACGGGUGCUGGAUUUCUUGGAAGCAUAGCAAGCAGCAAGCUUGGUGGUGGUGCGGCAUCAAUGGAUGGCAGCUCCUCGACGUCGAUUUCUUCAUUGGAAUCCUCCACUCAAGUCACUACCAAUCGCAUCUUGGUCAUUGCCGACGUCAAGGGUGAUCCAGUGGCCAAAGCGCUUCUUCCAUCCUUGAAGGAAGCCUUGGAAACCAAGACUCGCAUCCCCAAUUUGGAAAUUGAAGUCCUAGCUCCAAGUGCCACCAUGCCCUUGGGGGCCAACAAUGCAGCUUGCGUCGUGCUAUUCUUGCCCAGCAUUUCACAAGCAUCCUCGUUGAAUGCUAUCUUUGACCGUCUCUUGCGAAAGACCUUCAACGAAGGUGGUCAACUCGGGAAACCACCGACGCAACUCGUGGCCAUUUCCACCCACGGAACCUCGCGGUACGAUCAAUUUCCCUUUAACAUGCAAAACAUGAUGGGCGGAGGAAAACUCGAAAAGCGAUCCCAAAUUGAAGAAGCCUUGAUUCAAAUUGUCCGACAACGUGAGAAUCCACCACCUUUGGAUUAUAUCAUUAUCAAAGUGGGCGAAAAGAACUUUGUGGCCAAUGGUGGAAGCGCUGGGAUGCAACUAUUGCCAGACGAUGUUUUGGAAGAAGCCACUUCUGUGGAAACGGCCACGGCAGCCAUUGUCGAAGCCAUGGCCUUUCAACCUUUUGCUCGCAAUGCGACUCUUUGCCUGGAAGGAUGUGUUACGAACGAACAGAUGGAGGAUCCCGCCUUUUGGGAUGAAUCCUUCUUGCCAUUGGAGGGCCCAGAAGUCUGGAGAAACACCAAGUCCAACAAAAACAAGAAGGAUUCGGGUGGUACGGACUUGACGAACUUGGGGCCAUCCAGUAGGUACAAUUCGCUGGUGGAAUAUGUCGGUGAAUGGGCCGAACUCUUGGCCGAGACAGGCAAGGGAUUGACCACCCCUAUCCUCGCCGCGAGGGGCAUUGAAUCAAAAAGUUCCAGCUUGAUGCAGACCCAAGAUGGAGUUCGAUUGCUAUUUUUGCCAACCACUACCGGAAAGAACUACCAGAGUCGAGAAGAAGAGCUCAAAAAGGAAAAGUCAGGCAAGAGUGGCAGUGGAAGCCAAGCUCCCUCUGCUAGCAAGGCAAGCAUUGACGAGAAACUUCGUCAGACCAAGCGCGCCAAAGAGGGAGGAAUUGAUGUAGUAGUGGAAGUGACCAAGGAUGACCAGCUACGUGUCCGAGCCAGAAGAUGCAACUAUGCCGAUGAUGCUGUUUUGAAGGAACUGAGUGAAGAAACCAUCUUAAAGCGUUUGAAAGAUGCUCUUGAGGUUUGGAAGAAUGACCAUGCUUAA